AGGAAAUUUGCCCUAAAGAAGUUAAAGUGAGCUUGCCCAGAGGUACACUGUUUAGUGUCAAAGUGCCGCUGACUCAAACUCAUGAGUCUGGAGGCUGGUAGAGGCACCUGUGGGCUCAGGACCAUAGAGCCCGGUGUGCCCUGCCCAAGGCCCACCUGGGAAUGGAGUUAUCUCUGUAAAGAUUGUGCUGCCUUUGAGCAAGCACUGCAAACGGUGGCUUGAACAGUCUCAUCACAUGUUUCCACCCUUCCUAUGAGGCGAGUACCAUGGGUCUUCACCAACAGCAUGGCCUGUUGUCCCCAGAAAAGGACAGCCCCUCACAGUGCUUUCUGUCUGCUUGUUUAGCUUUGCUGUUGGAAUGUGCAGAAUGGUGGACUUUCAAGUUAGUGUCCUUUAGUUGACUGCAGAGUUUCUGCUGGAAGUCUAGGGAGGCUGCCUGUGGGGUUGGCGUGCUGUGGGGAGUAGGGAAAAUAAGCUGGUUUACUUUGUGUCUUUUUGUGCAUGCAGACUGUUUGGAUUUUGCCAACAGUUUCUGGGUGCUGCCUGCUUUUUAAACUUUUAAAAAAUUGUAAACAGCUUCAGUGGCUUUGCAGAAGGAAGCUGUGGUUUCUCGUCUUCCUGUUCAGUCAUGUUUUUUUCAGAGGGAGGGCUAACAUCUGGCCAUAUUUUUCAACAAAUUCAGAAGUGAAUAGAGAACCCAUAGUAGCUAUCGGCAGAGGAGGAGGAAUCAGAAAUUCCUCAAACAGAAUUUCACAUGGAGUAUUCCAUGGAGAAUGAGCCUGGAAUUGUGUCGCCAUUUAAACGAGUAUUCCUAAAAGGUGAAAAGAGUAGAGAUAAGAAAGCCCAUGAGAAGGUGACAGAGAGGCGCCCUCUGCACACUGUGGUGUUGUCAUUGCCUGAGCGCGUCGAGCCAGACAGACUGCUGAGCGACUAUAUUGAGAAGGAGGUAAAGUAUUUAGGUCAGUUAACGUCCAUACCAGGAUACCUGAAUCCCUCCAGUAGGACUGAAAUCCUGCAUUUCAUAGACAAUGCAAAGAGAGCCCACCAACUUCCAGGACACUUGACUCAGGAGCACGAUGCUGUGCUCAGCCUGUCUGCGUACAACAUCAAGCUGGCCUGGAGGGACGGGGAGGAUAUCAUCCUCAGGGUGCCUAUCCAUGACAUCGCCGCCGUCUCCUAUGUCCGGGAUGAUGCUGCACACCUGGUGGUCCUGAAGACAGCCCAGGACCCAGGGAUCUCCCCCAGCCAGAGUCUGUGUGCAGAAAGUUCCAGAGGCCUCAGUGCAGGCUCCCUGUCAGAGAGCGCAGUUGGGCCCGUGGAGGCAUGCUGCUUGGUCAUCCUGGCUGCAGAGAGCAAGGUCGCUGCGGAGGAGCUUUGCUGUCUGCUAGGCCAGGUCUUCCAGGUUGUUUACACGGAGUCCACCAUCGACUUUCUGGACAGAGCGAUAUUUGAUGGGGCCUCCACCCCCACCCACCACCUGUCCCUGCACAGCGAUGACUCUUCUACAAAAGUGGACAUUAAGGAGACCUAUGAGGUGGAAGCCAGCACUUUCUGUUUCCCUGAAUCCGUGGAUGUGGGUGGCGCGUCACCCCACAGCAAGACCAUCAGUGAGAGUGAGCUGAGCGCCAGCGCCACUGAGCUGCUGCAAGACUACAUGCUGACGCUGCGCACCAAGCUGUCGUCGCAGGAGAUCCAGCAGUUUGCGGCACUGCUGCACGAGUACCGCAAUGGGGCCUCAAUCCACGAGUUCUGCAUCAACCUGCGGCAGCUCUAUGGGGAUAGCCGCAAGUUCCUGCUGCUUGGUCUGAGGCCCUUCAUCCCUGAGAAGGACAGCCAGCACUUCGAGAACUUCCUGGAGACCAUUGGCGUGAAGGAUGGCCGUGGCAUCAUCACCGACAGCUUUGGCAGGCACCGGCGGGCCCUGAGUACCACGUCCAGUUCCACCACCAAUGGGAACAGGGCCACGGGCAGCUCUGAUGACCGGUCAGCGCCUUCAGAGGGGGAUGAGUGGGACCGCAUGAUCUCGGACAUCAGCAGCGACAUCGAGGCACUGGGCUGCAGCAUGGACCAGGACUCAGCAUGAUGGGCAGCGGAUGGUGGGGCACCCAAACCUUCUGCACAGUCGUUGUAGGCCUUUCCGAAAGGAGCUGUCCAGACCUGCGUUGUCAGCCCUUGUUCGGGGCCAGCGAGAAGCUCCAGGCACAGGUAGCCCCGGGCGGCUCAGGUCCUCUACUGUGAAGGAGCAGGGAGCUGCCGAGGGACACGAGCCCCAGUGCAGGUGGAAGGCUCUUUGCCUUGUCCACCAGGGCUCAGCCGAGCCCUGCAGCUGUCCCCGCUCGGGAGGGCCUGGCCGAGCUGGCAAGGAGAGUGUCCUGUCGGCUGGGCCCUUGGACAGCUGUCAGUUUUGCACAUGAUGUUCCUAUUGUAACUCUCAGAGACCUUAAAAAGAAGUUUACUGCAAUGUGAAUAAUUUAAUCUCUGGUUGCCAA